GAAAAAAAUAAGCAGUCUAUCGCCAUGUUUCAGGCAGAAGCUUCUGUCAACCGUUUCUAACAGUUUUAUUCAAUGUUGUCUUUGUGAGAGCGUUAACAAGAGACACAUUUGUUGUUUAUACUUUGAGAAGAGAGUUACAGUGAAUGGCCAGGAGUGCAGGACGGUGUUUUAACGAGUGUUUUUAAUACAGUAAAAGUGCCACGCAAUGCACCAUGGAGGAGGCCCACCAAAUGUGCAGAGGAAUCUCCAGAGAUCCAAGUCUGUCACUGGAUCUGAGACAGAAGACCAACAGCAGCCACAACAGCAACAAUCGCAGCAACAACAACAGCAGCAACUGCCAAUGGCAGUUACACAACAACAGGCAAAUGCCAAUCAUCCUCAGUCACCGGUGACAUCGUUCGCCCCCUCCGCGAGUCCAUCCGCACCACAGUCUCCAAAUUUACAAAUCUUCAUGAGAGGGAGCCCUGUAACAGGCCAGAACGUGAACAUCACUGUACAAAAUGUUCCUGGGAACCAGCAGAUCACGCUCACCUCUCUGCCUCUGCAGAGCCCAGCAUCCCCUGGCUUUCAGCACCAGCCCCCGCAGUGGAGGUUCGAACCUGGGUCAUCAUCUUACAUACAGGUGACAUCACCCCUGCCUCAGACAAUGCAGCCUCAGAGUCCCACCCAACACAGUCCAGUCCCCAUGCAGGGGGUGCCCAGACCAGGCGUGUGUGGUCAGAGCCCGACUCGGUUUGUUGAGGCGGGUAUAAUGGUUAGGCAAAUCAGUUUAGGCAGCCCACCCGGAAGUGGCCAUUUUGUGUACCAGGAUGGAACAGGAUUGGCGCAGUUGGCUUCAACCACCGCAGGAACCGUUCAGCUUACCUCUCCCGGGACGCCAGGGGCAAUCCGAGAGAGACGACUGUCCCAGCCUCACUCUCAAACGGGUGGCACCAUCCACCAUUUAGGACCACAGAGUCCUGUUGCAUCAGGGGCCGCUUUGCCGACUUUGGGCAGCCCCGGGCACAUCACCACCUCUAAUCUACCACCGCAGAUCAGCAGCAUCAUCCAAGGGCAGCUGGCACGACCCAUGAUCUAUGAGAAGAACGCACAGGGCGUGGUGACAGGCGUGGCGGCCCCCGCGACAGCUUCUUUUGGAGUUCCUUCCACCAUCCCUCCUUCCAGCCCAUCCCGAAGCAACCCUUCCCAGGGUCUUUCUAACCAGUCGCUGACCCCCACCAGUGUGAAAAAGAUGCAACCGAGAAGGCUGGAGGAGAUCGCGCCCUCAAAUCCAGAAGUGGCGCAGUUGAGGAAGCAGUGCCUGGAACAUCAUGGGAAAAAGAUGGAGAGUCUUAAAGAGGUGUUUAAGGAUUACCUGAUCGAGCUCUUUUUCCUCCAGCACCUGCAGGGAAAUAUGAUGGACUAUCUUGCUUUUAAGAAAAAGCCCUGCGUGCCUCUGUUCACCUACUUGAGGCAAAAUGAUCUUGACCUCGAUGAUGAAGAAGAGGACGAAGAGCAGUCAGAGGUCAUAAAUGAUGAGGUGAAAGUAGUGACUGGAAAGGACGGACAGACAGUGACUCCUGUUGCUAUAGCUACACAACUCCCACCCAACGUGUCUGCAGCGUUCUCCGCUCCGCAGCAGUUCCAGACCCAUGCAGGGGUGGCAGGUGGCAGCAUCUCCAACCCUGUGGAUAUGGAGACUUUCAAACGGCAACAAGCCAUGGCGCAAGCAGGAGGUAUGCCCCCCACACCACAAACGGUGCAGAUCGGUGGGCAGAAACAGAACCAACAACAAUACGACCCCUCCAAAGGCCCACCUGUCCAAAACGCGGCCAGCCUUCACACGCCACCCCCACAGCUUCCAGGUCGUCUUCCCCCGGGUGGGCUCUCCAUGGUGGGGCUGCCUCUCUCCCUCACCCAAGGUCAGGGUAUGGUGGUCGAGCAGCAGACUCAGACCGCCGGAGGUCAGCUCCAGGCGCAGAUGAAGGCCGUACAGGGUCCUGGAGCUGUGCUGGCUCCGGUCAACCCGCAUGCGCAGCUGCAGGCGCAGCUACAGAUGCAGUCAGGACUCCACUCUCAGUUGCAGCAACAACAGCAAAUGCAGCAUUCAGUCAUGCAGCCUGGCCAACCAACUGUGGCGCUUGCGCGUCCAGGUUUAGACACUUCUCAGCCCACCCAGCGUUUGAUGUCCAAUUCACACUCCACCCCUGCCAUGUCUCCUGCACCCAUCAUAUCUCCUACCUCUCUUCCCUCCCCUUAUCCUUCUGUCCCGGUCCGGACACCCAGUGCCGGUCCCAGUCUUUCCCCUGCUGCCCAGUCCAAACUCGUUACCACGAAUGGAACCACGGGUCUUAAGUUAUCCGGGGUGGCUCAGAGUCCAUUUGGGCAGAACUCGCAGGAAUGCGCUCAGGACAAGCAAGCAGAACAAGCCAAGCUGGAGAGUCACGUUCACCAGCGCAUAGCAGAGCUCCGUAAAGAGGGCCAGUGGUCGGCCAGCCGUUUACCCAAACUUCAGGAGGCCUGCAGACCCAAAUCCCACUGGGACUAUCUGCUGGAGGAGAUGCAGUGGAUGGCUGCUGACUUUGCCCAGGAGAGGCGCUGGAAGAUGGCUGCUGCCAAGAAGCUUGUGCGCACUUGCGCGCGUUACCUUGAAGAGCAGAAGAAGACUGAAGAACGAGAGAAAAGGGAGGAGGAGAUGAGACUGCGACACAUUGCCAGCACCAUUGCUCGCAGUGUUGACUACUUUUGGUCCAAUAUCGAACAGGUUGUUGAAAUCAAGUUACGGUUCGAGAUCUAUGACAAACAGAAAAAAGUUCAUAGCGUGCUAAAGGCACCAAGCAAAGGGCAAUGUGGUAAGUCAGCCAAGCCGGGAGAGAAGUCGGAUAAAGAAAGUAAAGUGCAGGAGGCCGGUCCAUCCCGCAAGAGAAAAUCGAGCACCUCUCUGUCAGAUGUAGAAGUUGAAGAUGAGGAGAGUACGAUAGAAGAACAGGAGGCUACAGAGGUGGCAGCGGAUCAGAAAGCCGAACUGGCCGUACUGACUAAAGAGGCUGAGGUACCAUUGGAUGAUCUGGUGAAGCAGUAUGCCGGAGCUUAUGCCGAGGGAUUCAAUUGGCCACAGCCCUGCAGCCAAAGUGAGGAUGAAGACAAAGAGGAAGCGGAUGACAUGGAUUCUCCAUUGGACAGUCCACAUGAUGCAGUGUUGAUCGACUCUCUGCUAAGCAUGGAUCAGUACCGCGGGGCUGAGCGAUCAGCUACUGGGGCUAAUGGAAAGCCAACAAAAGAUAUUGCAGAAGUUGCUGCGGCAACAGACCUUAUUUUACCCAAAGGAAGUGCUAGGACUGCUUUAACCGGUAAUUUUUCUCCUCCUGCUCUUCUGCACGGCUCUCUGAGGGACUAUCAGCAGGUUGGUGUGGAGUGGCUGGCAAGCCUCCAUCGCAAAAACCUCAAUGGCAUCCUGGCAGACGAGACCGGACUUGGCAAAACCGUACAGACUGUGGCUUACUUUGCUCAUCUGGCCUGCAACCAAGGUAUCUGGGGACCACACUUGGUGGUGGUGAGAACUUGUAAACUUCUUAACUGGGAGAUGGAGUUUAAACGCUGGUGUCCUGGGCUGAAGAUACUCUUGUACCUCGGAAGCAGAAAGCAGCGCCGAUACAAGAGAUCGAGGUGGUGUGAACCCAACAGCUUCCAUGUGUGUGUGACAUCAUACAAGCUCCUCCUGAAAGAUCACGCCCACUUCCUCAAGAGACGCUGGAGGCACCUGGUCCUGGAUGAAGUUCAGCUCAUCAGGAAUAUGACCGAGAAACACUGGGAAACCAUCUUCAAUAUCAAAAGUCAUCAGAGGAUCCUCUUAAUCAACACACCUCUACAGAACACUCUCAAAGAGUUAUGGACCAUGAUCCACUUCCUCCUUCCUGGAAUCACUCACCCUUAUCUCAACUUCCCAGUCAAACCCGGCACUGAUCAGAACCAGGACUACUGCCACAAGCUGGUCAUCCGAUUGCACAGGAUGAUUCAGCCCUUUAUCCUUCGUCGCUCCAAAAGAGAUGUAGAGAAGCAGCUGCCCAAGAAGUAUGAGCACAUUCUGAAGUGCCGUCUGUCCAAGAGGCAGAAAAGCAUGUAUGAGGACAUCCUCAUCCAGCCCAGCGCACAGGAGGCCCUAAAGACAGGACAUUUUGUGAGAGUCCUGGAGGUUCUUAUGCAGCUGCAGAGGAUCUGUAACCAUCCAGACCUGAUCCAGACCAGAAACACGCACAGCUCUUACAUAUGUCAGCCUCUGCAGUACAACACCCCAUCGUUACUGCUUACUGCUCUGCAGCGGGACCAGUGGAAGACUGUAGACAUGUCUCUGUUCGAUCUAAUUGGUAACGAGGGCAAGCUGACCCGUUAUGAGGCCGAGGAGGUUUUCCCCAAACUCCGAAUGACCAAACAACUCAUUGAGGAGAUCUACACCGCACCUGACGCUCCACCUAGACCCAGACCAUGCAAAAUCAAACCUAUGAGAUUGUUCCUACCAGUGCAGUAUGGGACUAAACCAGAGGGACGUCUGGUCCCUAUGACCACCAGCACCACUCAAGCCCCGCGUGCCACUGCUGUAACUUCUGCCCCUACCACCACUAAUGUUUCCACUACUGCUGCCCCAGGCACACAGCCCAGGGGCAAAUCACCUCUAACCUCCGCCACUUCCACACAAGGUGGAGAUGUAGUGAAGGUUGCUCAGUUGGUCGGGCAGGGCCGUAUUGCCCAGCCGGAGACUCCCGUGACCCUGCAGUUCCAGGGCAACAAGUUUACCUUGUCCCCGAGUCAACUCCGCCAGCUCACCACCGGCCAGCCUCUGCAGCUUCAAGGUACACUCGGUAACAUACUACAGAUUGUGUCGGCCCCCGGACAGCCUCUCCUUAGGCCCCAGGCACCGCCCAUGGUGAUGCCCACUGUACCCCAGGCUGUUCCUGUCCAAAACUCCUCAGGCACUCUUCCUGCCACAUCCACACCAGUGCAAGGAAAUGCCGUGGCAAGUACAACAGCUCCAGCCUCCACAGACACGCAUACACAUGGCAAACCUUCAACCAAUGCCACAUCACAAGAGUCGAGCGAGGAAAGGAACAGACAGCUAAAGGAGCGCCUGGCUCGUUUGUUUAACGUAAACGAGUGGCGCUCCUCGCGCUCCGUGCUGUACGGUUCUGACCUGAUCAAGUCCUGCUCUGUUCAUGAGGGACGCCCUCCACCGGCCUUUCCUGCUCCCCAGCAUUCCCGCUGGACCUGGGUGGGAAGAGACAGCUGUCUGAGGGCCAAGCGGACAUGUGUGUCCACUGUGGCUCCGCUCCGUUCUGCUAUCCUCUCUAACGUGGAGCAGCUGGAAGCAGUAGGCACAAUGGCGAAGACGUUCUCCUGUCUACUUCCUGCUGCUGUAGCUCCUCCCCCUCAGUUGUACGCAGCCAAUCCUCCACCCUCGUACAGUCUAGCUCAAAAGUCAUUCAGACGACAGCUGCAAGAAGCGUCUGCUCCGCAUAAUGCAGAGAUACGUAGUUUGACCUGUCCUACUGUGGUCAGCUUCCCGGAUGUGCACAUGCUAGAGAUGGAUUCGGGAAAACUGGAGGCUUUGUCCAUCCUGCUCCAGAAGCUGAGUGCUGAGAACAGGCGUGUCCUGAUCUUCACACAAAUGGCCAGCAUGCUGGACAUACUGGAGGCCUUUUUAGACAAUCGGUGCCUAACCUACGUACGACUAGACGAGAGUCUGUCUUUAGAGGAGAAACGGGCACAAGUCAAAAGGUUUAACCGCAACAGACAAAUCUUCUGCACCAUUCUGACCAAUCGCUGCUGUUCGGCCAUGGGUCAAGUGCUUGACGCCGACACCAUUGUGUUUUAUGACACAGACUUGAACCCAAGCAUGGACAUGCGCACGCAGGAGUGGUGCGACAAGAUUGGCCGCUCAAAAGAUAUACACAUCUACAGGCUGGAGAGUGGAAACUCCAUUGAGGAGAAGCUCCUGAAGAAUGGCACUAAGGAUCUUAUACGAGAGGUGGCUGCGCAGGGCAUGGACUACACGCUAGCUUUUUUAACACAGCGCACCAUUCAGGAUCUCUUUGAGGUGGAGGCUGGCUCUGGAGAGAAGGUGGAGGAGUUUGUGGUUCUUCACCAGGAGCCUUCACCAUCCGAAUCCAUUCCUCCUCACGUGGCCAGGCCGUAUAUCCAGGCCCUGAACAGCAUUCGACAGGAGACCCAGCACGGAGAGGACGAAGAGGAGGUAGAAAGACAGGAGGAAGGUGAUGAGGAAAAGGGAGAAGAAGAAAAGAUGGAGGUGGAAGAAGGGGGCGUGUCACCGUUGGAAGAGCUGGCAGCUGUUAUGGAUCAGUUGACUCCUAUUGAGAGAUAUGCACUGCAGUAUCUGGAGUACCUGCACAUCAGUGAGGAUGAACAGGUGGUGAAGGAGCGUAUAGAGGCUGCUAAGAGAACCUGGGAACUGCAACAACACCAGAAACUGAAGGUGGAGAGAGAAGAGCAGAUGAUGCUUGAAGAUGAGGAGGAUCUGUUCACAUACACCAGAGAGGAUGCUUACAACAUGGAGUAUGUGUUUGACAACGAGGAUGGACAAACAGAAAUUAUGCCACUGUGGACUCCUCCAACUCCACCACAGGAUGACAACGACAUCUACAUUGACUCUGUAAUCUGCCUCAUGUAUGACACCGCACCCAUGCCAGAGUCCAAACUGCCUCCGGUCUACGUCCGCAAAGAACGCAAGCGGCACAUGGACCCAUCAGCUUCAGGCCGGAAGAAGAAGAAGGGCCACGGUGAAGCUGUGAUUCCUCCACGCUCUCUCUUUGACAAAGCAAGUCUUCUUAAGGUGCGACGAGAGGGCAAAGACCAAAAGAAGAAUUUUUCCCUGAAGCAACAAGCUCCUUUUGCCAAACCGCUGCCCUCGCUGCUUAAACCAGCCAUGGAGGCCGGACAGGACAAUCCUGAGUGGCUCAUCAGUGAGGACUGGGCCCUGCUACAGGCUGUGAAACAGUUACUGGAGCUUCCUCUCAACCUCACCAUUGUGUCUCCGGCUCACACACCUAACUGGGACCUGGUGAGCGACGUGGUCAACUCCUGCAGCAGGAUCUACCGCUCACCCAAACAGUGUCGUAACCGCUACGAGAACGUCAUCAUUCCAAGAGAGGAGGGCAAGCUUAUUUAUGAAGCUAACCCUAAAAAGAACAAAACCAAGAGCAUUUAUAAGUCCAAGAACAGCCGACCUCUACGCACGUGCCAGAUCUACACACAGGACGACAGUGCCACUCAGAUUCAGCUUUACAACAGCCGCUUCGAGCUGAUGAAAAUCAUCGCCAGCAAGAGAAGUCCACCCAUAAAACCACUACUGGGCAUGAAUCCAUUCCAGAAGAACCCCAAGCAUGCGUCUGUGCUGGCUGAGAGUGGAAUAAGCUAUGAUAAGCCUUUGCCUCCUAUUCAAGUGGCCUCUCAGAGAGCUGAAAGAAUCGCUAAAGAAAAGAAGGCUUUGGCUGAACAGCAGCGCGCCCAGCAGCAACAGCAGCAGGCCACAGGAGCCGCCCAGCCGCAGGGGACCACCGCCCAGUCUCAAGCCCAACCACAGGCCACGGCAGCCGGAGCGCAGGCCACAGGGGUUCCCCAACCCAACCAACCCGGAACUGCAGCAGUGCCAAAUACUGCUGUACUGACUGGUGCUAUCAAGACUGCCGCCGUGGGCACAAGCAUCCAGCCAGCAGCAGCUACAGUGAGUGGGAAUGUGAUCGUAAACACCGUGGCUGGAGUUCCUGCUGCUCAGUACCAGCCGAAGCGUCUGGCCUCUCCUGUCCUAACCAGCCCUGCGGCAGGAACUCCGAUCGCUCAAGUGGUCCACACCCAACAGAGAGCAGUGUCUGCAGCAGCUCCUCCGGCAGAGGUUGUCGCCAUAGCGACGGGUCAAGGCGUGAGGGCCGUUACUCCGGUGACCGCAUCAGCAGUAGUGUCCACCAAUCUGACUCCGGGUCAGUGCCAAACACGCUCGCUGAUGGCUCCAGCUAUGCAGUUGUCUCAGGCUAAGCCAGCUCAACUCACACCAGCUCAAAUUCAACUCAUCCGACAGCAACAACAGGCUGGAUCUCCACAGAUCAAAGCAGUGGGAAAGCCACAGCAGGAGCUGUUAAAGCAGAAGCAGAAGUUGAUGUCACAGCAGCAGGUCGCGGCUGCAGUAGCUGCAGCUCAGGGUCAGCAGGCCGCAUCCACGCAGCAGCCUCAGCAAGUGCAGGCAGCCCCAGCAGCUCAGGCCAACCCUCAACUAACUGCAGUAGCACCCAGAGCCGGACCUGUGAUCGCAGGAACCACUGUUGCUAAUUUACAGGUCGCCAGACUGACACGUGUCCCAACAACAGGACCUAUUCAGUCUCAGCCAGGUCAAACCGCCCAGGUGACACUGACUAAACCACCGUUAGUCUCGGUUCCUACCGUGGUCUCUUCAGCUGGGGUCACUACUCUUCCUGUUACCGUGGCCAACAUCAACCUUGCCAUCGGACAGGCCCAGAAAGCAGGUGGUCAGGUGGUCACCCAUCCCUUCCAGGUGCAGCAUGUUCAGCAGGUGUAUAGACAGAAGCAGCAGGCACCUACACAGAUAGGCGCAGUCCAAAAAGCAGCACAGCCACAGCAAACGCAAGCUGCCGUGCAACAAAAGGCUGCUCAGCCCACAGCACAACAGCAGCAGCAGCAAAAAGUGACGUAUGCAGCCGCCCCCCAGCUGCAGCCGGGCAUUAAGACCCAGUUCUUCACCACCUCCAUCGCACAGCAACAGAAACCUGCUGGUGCUGCACAGCAGAUACAGGUUGCUAAGCUUCCUCAAAUAGUACAGCAGCAGAUAGUGUCCUCACCUCAACAGAUCCAGGCGCAACCCCAGACGGUGGCCCUGACCCAGGGAGCACCUGCAGCGGGUUCGGCACAGGCUCAGGUGCAGGUCAUCCCCGCCGGAUCCGCACAAGUGGUCCAACAGAAGCUCCUCCAGCAGCAGGUGGUCACGACAGCAGCCUCCCCUCAAAUCCAGACCCCACCCCCACAGAGCCCGGCCCAGCAGCAGAGCGUCUCGGCGCCCCCUGCGUCUGAAUCUCCGGUGCAGCAGGCCGCCACCCCUCAGCCCCAGCAGGGCAAAGGAAACACCCGUACUGGUGCAGCCAUGCGCUCCAAAACCCCCGCCAAACCUAGCAGCUAAAUGGGCACAACAUCCGUUAAUGUUUUGAGAAGACGACUGACACUUUGUUAUUAAGGAACCAUAGACUUGCUGAAUGCAAGGGCAACACCUUUUUACCGUUACAGACAUCAUUUGAUGUAAAUCUAUCCACAUCUUAAGCUAAAGAAACAUUGCCAUCGGUCCGUACUGUGAGGCCAAUCUGUUUCUGUCACUUUUUUGGCUUAUUAAGCAGAGUCCCCUCCUAAAGUGUGUACUGCCCAGAAGUAAAGCAUGACAGUUCAGACUGACUUCAUGUUUCAAACACUGUAUAUGACGGCUCAUUUUGUACUGAACUAUAAAAGCUUGCUGUUCUUUUUCUACCACGCUACGUUCUUAAGGUCAUGGAUGAAGUGCGCUUGGAUCUGCAACGCUUUUUGGGGCACCGGGACCUCCAGUAUUUUUUCAUAAUGUUCAGUCAGUCAAGUUAUCUGUGUGUCCUCCAAUGUGCUUCAAUGUUUUAUUUUAAUAGGUAUGGUAUUGUUGUCCCUUGGUUCUUUGUGUAGGUAAAAAAUGAUAACGAUAUAAACCAUGAUUAUGGUUAGUAAGUUUCUGUGAAGUAAAGAUGGCAAACUACCUUAAGUUUGAUUUAUAACUAUUAAAAGACAAGCUAUUGUGUCAGUCAUUACAAAUGUACCAGUACUACAAAGCGUAUUUUCUAUAUAUAUAUAUACAUAUAUAUAUAAAUUGGGUUUUGCUUGUAUGAUGCAUAACUCCCUAAAAGUGAAUUACUGCCACCAUAAAUGUUUAUUUACAAGUGCGUAAUUCGAGGAGCUUUGUCUGCAUGGAUAAGAUGGAUACCACCUGAAAAUUGUUUAGUAAUGUGUAUGUGUACGUUUAGCGUUUGUAUAAUACCACACCUCAGAAUAUAUUUAAUUUAAUAUGUCCUCAAAUCAGUACAAUAAUAAUCCUGCACUGUAGCCAUUUGGUGCCAUUCAAGUUAGCGGCAGCUAUGGAAAGUUUCGCUCUCCUAACUCCGAUUUGGAAGAAAUGUGUCAUUUUGGAAAACAUCUGUGAAACAUUUUCUUUAUCCUUGUUUUUCUUACACAUAGUUAUGAACAAUAUCACCAUUAGUCAAUAAAGUCAGACCUCAGUCUGGCUGUCAGUGUGUUUACACUGGCCUGGAUCAGUCAUUGAUUUUUCCCUUCGUGAUUUAGUCUAUCUCUAAUGUUGGGGCUUUCGGUCACGUCUUUUUGUAUUGAUGUUGGGUCAGGAACACAUGUAAAUAACUUGGGAGGGAGGGGACAAAAGCAUUUGUAUUUGUAAAGUACUUGUGUAUUCAUUUUUUCAGCCUAAUUGUAUAAAGUGUUAUGUUUUUACACACA